AUGGUCUUUCAUUUUACAGAACAGAGGUUUAAACGCGGGAGAUCGCUAACUCCACUUUCUUUCUUUUCCUUUUUUCUUUCUUUUCCUUUUUUCUUUCUUUUCCUUUUUUCUUUCUUUUCCUUUUUUCUUUCUUUUCCUUUUUUCUUUCUUUUCCUUUUUCUUUCUUUUCCUUUUUCUUUCUUUUCCUUUUUUCUUUCUUUUCCUUUUUCUUUCUUUUCCUUUUUUCUUUCUUUUCCUUUUUUCUUUCUUUUCCUUUUUCUUUCUUACUUCCUUUCUUUCUUCUUCUUCCUAUUAUAUAUUACCUUAUUUUUCUCACUAAAAACAAUCCCUGCGACGGACUUAUUGAUGUGCCUACCUGCUACAGGUAUUUUUUGCUAUUUUUCUUUUCACUCUAUCUACGCCAUUCGUUACGCUUUUCUUUCUCAUAUUAUUUGUCCUCGCUUCUUUCCUUUCCUCUUUCUUUUCUCUUUCUUUCUUUCUUUAGUUUCAUGUCUCUUUUUUCUCUUCUUCCUUUCUUUCUCGCUUUUCUAUCUCACCCUUCUCUUCUCGCUAUUUCGAUUAGUCCUCUCCCACACAUUCCCUCUCUCCCACUAUACCCUUUCAUUCCAUCUAAAUUCGGCGUCUUGA